AUGGAACACGUAGCAACGAAAGUGGAAAACAAUACUACAACAACUGUUGCUAAUGGACCGAUAUCAACCAGAAAUGUAAAUCGGCUCUUGGUAUGCAUUUCCGGUUAG